AUGUCGCAUCUUGAAGAAGUGUCCGCUUUUAUCGAAGGCGCACCUCCGGGUGAGCUAAACGAUGUUGUCACGGACAUCAAAAUCUUGACGCAAAACGAACCGGAAAUCGUGGACCAGCUCGCACCCGCUUUCGAGAAGUAUAAUGAGGAGCAAUUCGCUACGGUCGUUAUCAGCUCACACAAUUCUCUGGGAGGUGGACGCUACUUCGACGUGGAGAGCUCUUCGAGCUUUGAUUUCGACCACACAACUCAGGCUGCGAGUAAUGUUCAGAGCCAUGUCUUGGAGGGUGCUCAAGCCGAUCUUGUGAAGUCGACCUUGAAGAGCAUUGGCACGUAUGUCAAUGAGCACUACCCAAAUGCUGCAUUUGGCGUUUACCCCAUCGAAGUCGACUCCAAAGUGGCAGUCGUCAUUGUUGCAAACAAGUACAGCCCCAACAACUUUUGGAACGGUCGCUGGCGAUCUCUGUACAUAUAUGACCCUUCAUCAGGCAGCCUCGAGGGUUCGGUCAAGGUCGAUGUGCACUACUAUGAAGACGGCAAUGUGCGCCUUAUCACCAACAAACCAGUUCACGCGAGUAUCUCUUCCGGCACUGGCGCCGGAAUAGCCAAGGAGAUCUCGUCGGCUGAGCGCAAAUACCAGGAGGAGCUGAACAAGGGCUUUGUCAGCUUGAGCGAGGGCGCUUUCAAGGGAUUGAGGAGGCAAUUGCCUGUGACGAGGCAGAAAAUUGAGUGGGACAAGGUCACCGGCUACCGUCUAGGCCAAGAUCUCGGCGGGGGCAGUUCGAAGAGGUAG